CGAGAGAGUAGGAGAUGGAGAGAUACCGGGAGUGUGAUGGUUUGCACUCUAAUCCAGUCAGUUAGGUAAAGAGGAAACGUAACAGAGUUAGUUUGAUGUAGAUUACUCGCAUAAUAAUCUAAUCUGGUGAAAAAAAACAAGGACCUGAAGAAAAAACAGUGAUGUUGCAUACAUCCAUGAAGGACAACUCUUUGCAGGACUUCUGACUGGUGCUUAUGAAGAGAAUACUGAAGGCUUUUUCUUCUACAACAAGAAUCUGAUUUGUUUCUUUGAAUGCUUUGUCAAAUCAUCAAGAAUCUUCACUUGUCAUCCUGCCGUUUUAAAGCAAUGAAAGAAGAGGAUGGAAUGUGGUGACUGGACCUCCUGAAGAGCCUUUGUGUUUACUCCUGAUGGUCCAAAGACAUACAGACGAAGGAUAUAUCGAUAACGUUCUGCUUCCUGAUUUUAAAUUGAUGUCAAAGAUUCCUGUUCUCUGGCUGAAGAAGCGGCUUCCAUGACUUCAUGAAAAUGACCUUCUCAUAGCCUGAUGAAAAGAGCCACGACAUUUCCACUUACCGCUGAUCACACGUCUCAUGGUGAUUGGACAUCCGUGAGGCAGCGGCAUCACCGAUGAUGAUUUAGGGUACUGCUUGUUGAGGGGAAACCUGGAGGCUUGCGCUUGGUUUACAAGUCAAUGUUGGCUGGAGCCAGACAUUUAAUGACUGAUGUGAAGGCUGGAGAGUGAAGGCCCUUUCCAUUAGUGCCCCGUGGGGAAGCAAAGGCCUAGACACUGUCCGGUCACACUGACCUAUUCCUGGCACAAUCUGGACAUCACCUUGAUGCAUGCUGGGGAACCGCCUUAAUGCACUUUCUUCUGGAAUACUUGCUAAUGGAUGAAAGCAAUUUUCUAAAUAUACACAUCUGAGAAACGUCUCAUUAUCCUCUGGCCGGAAUAAAAUAGAUAAGCACUUGUUUGGAUGCAUUAUAUGCAACUUCCUCCAGUUCAUUGCAAAAAAAAAAAAAAGACUUUUGUUCAGUUUUUUUGUAUUUGAAAUGCUAUUUGGGAAUUAUGUGAUACCUUAGAGGAAGUGUCUGACAUCUUAUCCCUUCUCCAGCUGAUCUAUCAAUGUGUACGUCUUCCUCAAAGUCAAUAUUUACUAAGUAUAGCUUUUGGUUUUUGGCCUCGGAGCUUGGGAAAAAAAGGCUGGAGAUUUUGGUGCGACAGCCAGGUGCUUUUGUGUACCUCUGGGAUGGACUGGCAGUAAAAGGAAAAGCCUCGCUGGGCGAACGGGACGCUGCUGGAGCAGAAACGGCUGUGUUUGGAUGUGAUGCUUCUCUCUGUGGAUCCAGCAUGGACUGCCUGCCCUAAUUACACAGUCCUGGUAUUCAGAUAGUUCUGGAGCGAAGGGAUAAUGCAUAUUUUUCCCUGGCGACAAAAAGAAGCCACCAUGAGCAACAUCACUGUCACCGACAACACUGAGCCUAUCGGCAGCGCCAUGAGUCUGGCGACCUCCGACCCAUACCCCUACCCUGUUAGCUUUCAGAUCUCUCUAACAGGCUUCCUGAUGCUGGAAAUCCUGCUAGGUCUGAGCUCCAACCUCACGGUGCUUGCCCUCUACUGUAUGAAGUCAAACCUCAUUAGUUCCGUCAGUAACAUCGUCACCAUGAAUCUCCAUGUGCUGGACGUGCUGAUCUGUGUGUGCUGUAUCCCCCUAACAAUCGUCGUAGUGCUUCUUUCCGUGGAAAAAGACAUGGCCCUCGUCUGCUGUUUCCACGAAGCCUGUGUCUCCUUCGCAAGUGUUGCCACUGCUGCAAAUGUGCUCGCCAUCACCCUUGACCGCUAUGAUAUCUCUGUGAAACCAGCCAACAGGGUGCUGACCAUGGGCCGUGCUCUGGCCCUGCUGGCUUUGAUUUGGCUGCUGUCCUUCAUUAGUUUUCUUGUCCCCUUUAUUGAGGUGGGUUUCUUUGCUCACAACCAGACUAAGAUAAAUCAGACAGAGGUGGAGAAUGAGGUCCUCAGCAACGAGUACAACUAUGAACCCGGCCUCUAUUAUCACUUGCUUGCUCAGAUCCCAAUUUUCUUCUUUACGGCCAUUGUUAUGCUCAUCACCUACUCAAAGAUCCUGCAGGCGCUCAACAUUCGCAUAGGUACACGUUUCCAUGCCUCACAGAAGAAAAAGGCUCGCAGGAAAAAGCGCCCAUCCAUGACAGCCAUGUCAACACAACAAGAGGCCACAGAUGGAUCCCAGGGCAGCACCAGCCGCAAUCCCACACUAGGGAUGCGCACGUCUGUCUCCGUCAUCAUCGCCCUACGUAGGGCUGUCAAGCGCCACCGAGAGAGGCGAGAACGUCAGAAGAGAGUUUUCAGGAUGUCACUGUUGAUUGUGUCCACCUUCCUUUUGUGCUGGACGCCGAUCACAGUUCUGAACACAGUCAUCCUGAGCGUGGGCCCCAGUAAUCUUAUGGUCAGGUUAAGGCUAGGUUUCCUGGUCAUGGCUUAUGGAACCACCAUUUUUCACCCCCUGCUCUAUGCCUUUACAAGGCAGAAGUUCCAAAAAGUCUUAAAAAGCAAGAUGAAAAAGCGAGUGGUGUCGAUUAUUGAGGCUGAUCCUACCCCUAAUAACGCUAUCAUUCACAACUCCUGGAUCGACCCAAAGAGGAACAAAAAGGUGACGUUUGAGGACAAAGAUGCAAAGUUGAAAUGUCUUUCUUCUGAGGAUGUAGAGUAAAAUAAAACCUCAUUAUCUUAAAGGGAAAAAUAGUCAAAGCAGCUAAUAUUGACUUCAAGUCAUCAUUAAAAAGGGAAAACUGUAAAAUAAUAUGUGCAAUAAAAUGUAAAAAUGUAGAAGGUGGAUUAUUUAUUACUAUUUAUUGAGAACUGAAACACAUUUCUUAGAUGUAUUAUUGUAUUGUAGAUAUUGCAUGACUUUUGUAACAGCAACAACGAAACAUGUACAUAGCGUUACAUGUACAGAAUAGGCUAAACAAGAUAUUUAAAUAGAGAGAGUAAUAGGAAUUGUUAUGUAAACGUAUAUUUAUAAU